AUGGCCGGAAGUAGGGAGCAUGUGAUAUCCGUGGAGGAGUUGCUGUCGAGAAAGGUCAAUUUUGCCGCAACAGACGCUGGUGAAACAAGCAGGUGCCGUGACAUUUCCGGCCUGCAGAUGCGGACCAUUGAACUCGAAGAUCAGGAAGCCUGCGAGCUGGAAAAACAGAGGUUUGAGAAACUGAGGGAAACAGGAGAUCAUCUUAGGCUUAUUACGCCAAAUGGAGGUCAAAAGGCUAGACCAAAAAUACAAAAGGUUCCGCUGUUACUGCAAGAUCAUGAACAUUUCGACAAGUAUUUUAAGCCAAGGAUUGUAGCACUCGGUCCUAUCCAUCAUGGUACAGAAAAAUACCAGCCAGCAGAGGAGUACAAGCUUAUAAUGACAAACUGCUUCGUCAAGGAAAGUGGUAAAGAUGAUGAGGUUUUGUACAACGUAGUUAAGAACAACAUCAAGCAACUGAGGCAGUGUUUCGACGAGAAGGUGACCGAGAAAUAUAGCGAUCAGGCCCUGGCCUGGAUGCUGUUUGUGGACGGGUGUGCAAUAUUACAGUCCAUACAUUGUGCUGAGACACGUGCAGGCAAAGAUUGGAUAAUGAAAUACGAUCUGAUGGCCUUUGGGAAACAAGACUUGUUCUUGUUGGAGAAUCAACUUCCUUAUCAACUCCUUGUAGAUUUGAUGAAUUCCAGCGCAAAGAAAGGUGAAUUGGAGAAAUCCAUCACAACAUUCAUGCAGUCGCAGAUCAUAUUGCACGAUAAGGCGAAGCCGAGCAUGGAUAAUUUAUUAGGGCUUACGGAAACGCCGAUCCAUCUUCUCGAUCUCCUCCGGACGCUAAUCAUAAGCAAAUCCAGAAGUAGUACUCCUGGCGAAGAGAAAGGGAGGGACGAAAAAAUUAGAAAAGAGCAAGACGGCGCUGCUGCACGAAAAAGACGGAAAUCAUGUCUCCUAACCAAAAGGAACCGCCAUUGCAGUCGUAUCGCAACGUGGAGGAACUUAGAUCAGCAGGAAUCCAUGUGA